UGUUCCGGCGCCAUUAACCCUUUUGUGGCCAGGAAGAAGUAAAAGGGGGACUUGAAGACAUCAAGUCCAACAGCAAGACUGAUAUUGAACCACGAUGGCUGCUGCAGUCAUAGACAGUCCUCCAAACCCAAGCUGCAAAAUUAUGACUUUUAGGCCUUCAAUGGGUGAAUUCAGGGAGUUCAACAAGUACCUAGCCUACAUGGAAUCGCAAGGUGCUCAUCGUGCUGGAGUUGCAAAGGUGAUCCCACCAAAGGAGUGGAAGCCAAGAAAACAUUAUGAUGACAUUGAUGAUUUGCUGAUUCCAGCUCCAAUUCAACAGAUGGUCACUGGUCAAUCAGGGCUUUUCACUCAGUACAACAUUCAGAAAAAGCCAAUGACUGUGAAGGAGUUCCGGCAACUAGCCAACAGUGACAAAUACUGCACUCCAAGAUACCUAGACUAUGAGGAUCUGGAACGUAAAUACUGGAAGAACUUAACCUUUGUUGCACCCAUCUAUGGAGCAGAUAUCAAUGGGAGCAUUUACGAUGAAAAUAUUGAGGAAUGGAAUAUUGCCCAUCUCAAUACAAUACUGGAUGUCGUAGGAGAAGAUUGUGGAAUUUCUAUUGAGGGUGUAAAUACCCCAUAUCUCUAUUUUGGCAUGUGGAAAACAACAUUUGCAUGGCAUACUGAAGAUAUGGAUCUCUACAGUAUUAAUUAUCUCCACUUUGGAGAACCGAAGUCAUGGUAUGCUAUUCCUCCAGAACAUGGAAAACGGCUUGAACGAUUAGCUCAAGGUUUCUUCCCAAGCAGCUCUCAAGGAUGUGAUGCUUUCCUUCGCCACAAAAUGACAUUGAUUUCCCCCUCAAUAUUGAAAAAAUAUGGAAUUCCUUUUGACAAGAUCACCCAAGAGGCAGGGGAAUUCAUGAUCACCUUCCCAUAUGGAUACCAUGCAGGAUUUAACCAUGGCUUCAACUGUGCAGAGUCAACAAACUUUGCCACAAUCAGGUGGAUUGAUUAUGGAAAAGUUGCUAAAUUGUGCACCUGCAGGAAAGAUAUGGUAACAAUAUCCAUGGAUAUCUUUGUGAGGAAAUUUCAACCGGACAGAUAUCAGCUGUGGAAACAAGGAAAAGAUUUAUACACCAUUGAUCAUACAAAGCCCACUCCUGAAACAACAUCUGAGGUAAAGGCCUGGUUGCAGAGAAAAAGGAAAACAAAGAACCCUCCCAAAUGCUUCCAGCAUACCAGAUCUCGAUCUAAAAAGCUUAAAACUCCAGAGGACGAGAGUGUAUCAGCUAUGGUUGUUGGUGCAGAAAUCAUACCCACUGAAGCAGCUACAGAUGGCUUCAAGGUCAAUGAAAAGCCAGCAGAAAAAGUCAGGCUGGAAAACACAGAAGUGCCUUCUGGGGAAGAGGAAAACAUUAGUAGAAUGCAGCUGGAUCAACAUUUAUUGGAUAAUAUUGAGGUCUCAGGGAACAUCAGUUCAAACUCUGUUAUAGGACAUAUUCCUGAAGUGCAGAAAAUAAAAACAGAAGCUGAGGACCAGGCAGAUUCUAGUGUUGCUUCCUUUACUCCAGAGGAUUCUGCUACGCUCUCUGUACCCACAGCUAUCAGUUGUAUAAAAGGCAAUGACUCUUUAAAAUCUCAGAAUCAGUCUGUGCAGCCUAUACCAUGCCAAAAGUCAGAAGAAUAUGCUUCCUCUGAAGCAGACAGCCUGGAGAAAGAGGAAACUAGUAGUAUAUCCACAGAGGACUACAUCAGUGACCUAGACAGCAGUGAAAGCAGUGAAAGUAGCUUGGAACCUGGAGAAAUACUUGGUGUAAAAAGGAACAAUGAUGGAAAUAGUUCAGAAACACCCAGCACAGCAGACAUGGAAAGAAAGAAAACAUCAAAAAGUUGGCGUCAUCCUCUAAGCAAACCUCCAGCUCGAUCUCCAAUGACACUGGUUAAACAGCAGGCAACAAGUGAUGAAGAACUGCCAGAAACUUCCUUAAUUGAAGAGGAAGUGCAAGAAACAGAAGCCUGGGCCAAGCCUCUCAUUUACCUUUGGCACAAAAGAGUCCAUAAUUUCAAUGCUGAAAAAGAAUAUAAUGCAGCUUGUGCCAAAAAGGAACCUCAUUGUGCCAUUUGCACUCUCCUUAUGCCGUACUACAAGCCUGACAACUGUAAUGAAGAAAAUUAUACGUGCGAGGAAACAAAAUCAGAUGAAACAUUUACGGCCAAAAAUGAAAAGACUAAACCACUUAUUCCAGAGAUGUGUUUUAUUUAUAGCGAAGAAAACACUGAAAACUAUCCAUCAAAUGCCUUUAUUGAAGAGGAUGGAACAAGUCUUCUGAUAUCCUGUGCAAAGUGUUAUGUACAGGUUCAUGCAAGUUGUUACGGCGUUCCUUCUCAUGAAAUCCAUGAUGGAUGGCUGUGCUCUCGAUGCAAAAAAGGAGCCUGGACAGCUGAAUGCUGUCUUUGUAAUUUGAGAGGUGGCGCACUCAAGCAAACUACAGACAAGAAGUGGGCACAUGUGAUGUGUGCAAUUGCAAUUCCUGAAGUCAGAUUUCGAAAUGUCACAGAACGGACACCUAUAGACACUAGUAGAAUACCUUUGCAGAGAUUAAAAUUGACAUUCUCAUAUCUCCUCUUCAGAUUUAUCCAAUCCAGUCCUUUGUGAAGAUGCUCCUAUGGUACCAAACUGAAAUUUACAAGAACCUUGCUCUUUGAAACGCAAGCAUUCAGCACUUCAAAGCUCCAGAGCCUCCUUACAUAUGUAAUUCACGUGCACACUGAAUUUUAUUGUAGUCUUGCUACAGAGUUUUCUUUAAAAUCUGUCUGUGCUGAAGUACUUGUUUUAUUUUUAAAAGCCGAUGGAAUUGUACAGGCAAUGUAAGAUAAUGAAAGUUGGGUCAGCUUUUCAAGCUAUCAAAUAUAGCAGGCUUUUAAAAACAAGUUAUUAAAACUGGUAUUUACUAUUUAUGUUUGAUAUUAAGGGUUGAAAUACAGUUUCCAAACUAUUGCCCUCUUUUGUAUAUACAUAUGUAUUUAUGUAUAUACAUUCUUAAUUAUUAUUUAGGAAGGUUAGUGAUUUAGGAAUCAAAUGUGAUGCUAUUACCAUGUUUCUCCAGAUAUCUUGUCUGGUUGUGUGGAUUUCUGGCCUCAUGAGAUUCCCACGGUAGGGGCUGACUUUGUGGAAUUAAGAACAUCACGUUCAAAGAUAACACUGUGAAAGAAUGUCAUGGAUGUUACAAUGAACUUUAUAUAGCCAUAGAAAUUUACAAGUAUAAUAUACAUUUGUAAUAAAUCAGUUACAAAUAUAUGUGUGUUUGUAUGAAAGAGAGAUACUUACUUAUGUGGUAGAUGAAAAUAAUUCCCUCUGUUACAGAUUACCCCAGAGGCCUUCCUUGCUUGGGUUCUUUGGCUUUGUCUAGUCUGAGUACCAUCCAAAGGCAACCAGGCAUGGCUUCUAGAUUGGGGUGAACCCAUGGCCCCUCUUGUCCUUUGCCCUUCAGUCACCAAUCCUCUCUGGUUACCUAGGCCUUCCUUGAGGGAGGUACUUCUCCAGAACUUUAUUGCUUCAGAGGGGAAAGGAGUGCUCCUUGAAGUCCCAAGCAGCAAAACAUACGGCUCCUUCUCAAUAAAAAGAUUUAUUGGGCAAACUGAAGUCCAGCAAACAGAGUCCUUCUUGCCCUUCAAAGGGUUAAGCAGUCCAGUUGUCCCUAAUCCAGCCUGCACACCCCCCAAGUACCCCAAAAUUAGCUCGUAUGUUCUCUCUGUCCCAUCCCCCUCCAGGACUCUUAGUUUUUCAAACUGCCUGGCCCAUUGAUUGAUGCUUCUCUCUCUAAGGCUUGACCCCUUCCAGUGUCACCUUUUAAGGAUGUUUUCUAGUUCCACCUUGUUGAAAUGUUAACAAGGCUCUUCCAUUCUUUAUGGUUGGAUGUGUCCCAGGUCAUGUAGAUAAGGCAGGUCUGGCUUCAGUCUCUCUUAACCCAUUCUUUUCCCCCCGUACUACCUAGUCUGGGAAACUGAAGCAUGCAGCUUACUACAACACAAACACAUUUACACUGAGAAUAUUACACAAAACCAUAGUCUAUCAUACCCUCUACUUCAGAAAUUUCUAUGUGAAAUGGAUUUUCUUUUACACACAUUCAGAUGGGUUAACUAUGUGUUAACUAUAGAUGUCUCUUCCAGCCUUCACCUUUGCCUUUGCCGUCUCCUGUCCUCUCUGAGAUUGUGGAUGACAUGUAUUCAACAGAAUUAACAAAUUUAUUAAAAUCUGACAGGGCCAUAAUGUGAGUGCUUCUGCUAUGGCCAUUAAAAUCUUGAAAAUCUAUGAAACUUCAUUAUAAAUUUUUGUAUGAUGGCAGCAGCAAGGAAGCCCCAAUCCUUGUGCUAGGCACUGUACAAAUAAGAAGCAGACCCUGCAAACAUCCUAAAAAUCUAAACAGGAGCGGCAGACAAAGAAGGUAGGAUGGGAAACAGAGGCACUGAGAAAUAAAGUGACUUCCCUGAGGUUUUGUGCUAGGUUACUGUCUGGGAACAGAAUCCAAGUCUUUUAACUCUUAGUCAAUUUCCCCUAGCCAUUGGAUGACAUUGCUUCUCUAACUGGAGUGAAUUAAUUCCUGAUAUAACUAUAUUGCCAGUGACUUCACAUCAGAGAUGGAUUUGGCCAAUAUCUUGUGAUUUGUCUAAUUUCCAAAACCCUCUAUGAAUUAUGAUUUGCAACAAAUACCAAUAAAUCUGUUCUUUAAGCUGCUGUUUAUACUGUUGGAACUCUUGCUGGAGUGGGGAGUAGAAAGAUGCGUGAGAGAACUCUUCAAAAUUCACCUUAUGGGUAGAAGUCAGUAUUUAAGAUCACGCCACCCUACAUUUUCAAACCAACACCCUCCUAAAUUUUCAUUUAAGCCGGUGAAGGAAAGUAGGUUGAUUUGAAGUAGGCAAUUCUGUUUAAUCUUACACAUUCUUCUCUUGAUGCAGUAAGUAAUCCUGAAAAAGUGCUUCUGUCUUGCAUAACCACGAAAACUUCUAGUGGUACAUAUUUAUUUGAGUUAAAAGCAGUGGGACAGUGUCUUACUAAUGAGGUCUGCAUUAGCCAAACAUUUAUCUGAGGGCAACAUUUGUCUGCAUUUGAAAAUACAGCUGUUAUUUAUAUCUAGAAUCAACUGAUUUAUAUUGUUACAAUUAAAUAGUAAUGUUUACAUUAAAAAUGAAAUUUC